AUGGAGCCAUCGGAUGCGCAUUAUCCUUACGCCUGUGAUGCCAUCAUGGGUCUCAUUGGCAAAGUCAACUCUCCGAGCCUCCUCAGCAAGGCCGAGAAGAAGCUAUGCGCCUGGUGUUUCAAAAACUGCUGA